AUGGAAAACUUUCGCAAGCGAAGACGAAUAAAACCGCAGAAUAUAGUCAUACGUUUGGAUCACAGACAGAUAUACGGGUACAAACGUCCUGGAACUCAUUUUCACACCGCGCGACAAUUUUACCAAAAUGUUUUCCCGAAUUACACAGUUAUAAAUAUAGAAAAACCACCGUGUUUCCUAAGAAAAUUUAGUCCGGAUGGCAAACAUUUCAUAGCUUUCUCUGCCGAUCAAGCUUGCCUUGAGAUUUACUUCUACAGAGGGCCAGCUGCAGCUGCAGAUUUGUUACGAAACUGCGACCACCGAAAUGAAGAACAUAAACUAUUCGAGAUCAAAACGAAAAUGUUUGAAAGAUUUUUUACGUUGAAACAUCUGGUUAGCGUGGCCAAAGGUACAGAGCAACUGAACAGAGAAUGUAGUCUAUUCAGCGAAGACGGGAGAUACGUCAUAAUAGGAUCAGCUUCUUUUAUACCAGAAGAGAUAAGACCACAUUUUUAUGAAAUCUACACAAGCAAUGAAUCCGUAACUCCCAACCUUCAGUCACCUUUAGAAGACUACACGCUAUAUUUGAUUGAUCUACAUUUAGGAAAACUCUGCGACACUAGGAAGUUUAAAGUAGACAAGAUAUUUUUGUCCCACAAUCAAGGGUUGUACCUCUACAGAGACACUCUUGCUGUUUUAUCCGUGCAGCAUCAACUCAUUCAUAUAUUCCAAAUUCUGGACGGCAUGUUUGUUGAUAUAAAGAAAAUAGGAAGGUUUUGUUACGAAGAUGAUUCUUAUAUUUACAAUUCUGUGUUUCCUUUUGAGAGAGCAUUUAGAGAAACUUGUAUAAAUUCGUUAAAACACAGAUUACUUACGUUCUUAUAUCGAAGGGCUGCAGCUAUAAGUGCCAGGAACAAUAAUCCCACUGAGUUAAGAAAGUUUUAUCAUUCUUUUGGUAAUUUCGCCUCUCUAAAGAUGUGGAAGAUGCAGCUAUUGGACGAUAAUACGUUAUUUAUAAAAUACGCUUCUGAAGAAGUCGUAACGCUUAAAUCAACAGACGUGAACAGCCAACCUCAGUUCUUUGUAGUGUACGAUGUGAAAUCAAGCAAUAUAUUAGCAAUAUACGAGAAUUCAUCCAGAGAGUUGCUGGAUCUUUUUGAAAAUUUCGCUGAUUUCUUCCGAAACGCUAGUAUAUAUAACGAAACUCAGUUCACGUGCAGUCCUUCUAACAACUUAUAUGCUCGCCUUCUCCAAAAACGGUUUAAACAGACAAUUACAAACGCUAAGUUUGGAGGGCAAACCGAAGCUAUUAAAAGACUGUGUGCUCAACUGCCUAUCAGUGCCCAAUCGUACAGUUGUUCCCCUUACCUCGACUUAGCUCUAUUCAGCUAUGAUGAAAAGUAUGUGUCGGUUAUGGAACGCCCUAAAGCCUGCGGUGAACACGCCAUUCGGUUUUAUUCUAGAGACUCUGGGUUCUUGAGGUUUAAAAUUUGUGCUGGUAUUACCAGACCUAGCACUCCCCCUAUGAGAAGACUCGUCGCUUUUACCUUUCAUCCCACCGAUCCCUUUGCUAUCUCGGUACAGCGAGCUAAUGCUGAGUAUAUCGUCAGUUUUCAUAUAAGAUACGAUGGCGUAUCAACUGACGAAGAUGGCGAGAGUCCCUAUCUGCUGAAUUUUUUAUAA